CAAUAUAUGCAUGGUAUAUAUCUCCUAGGUCUCGGCCUGAGGACCCCGGUUCUCUUCUACGCAGCCCCAAAUCGCGAGACGUUCGUUGAGGGCUGAAGUUUGUCGAAUGCGAUUUCCUGUGCUAGAUCUUGUGCGUGUGGAUAGCAUCAGGAGCAUACAAUGAAGCAGGAAGGGGAACACCUGUUGGACGAAGAAUCUGACGCUGCGCAUCAUUUCAUCAAGGCCAACAACGGCGGGCGGUUUUGUACCUGGCGUAAUGCGUACUUCGUCACCAUCCAUAUCCUCCUCCUAUGUUGCCUUGUUGUGAUCCUCCCAUCGACAACGCGGAACCUGCGCAUUCAUCAGUACGACAGCAUCUUCCCCGAGCUUCGAUCACUCCGACACAUCGUCAAAACCGAACAUGCCACAAACCACACUCAGUACAGCACAUACUCAGGGCCUCCAAGCGACGUGAACGCUGCGGCAUGGGAAGCUUUGAUUCAACCGUUGUACUUCAAUGCCACGGCCGAAGAGCUCCAGCGCGCUGGCAUCCGACCCGAGGCCGCGGUCAAGGUAAAGGAUGGUGGGUAUAUCGCGGCGCUGGGAGUGUACCACGAACUUCAUUGCUUGAAUAAGUUGCGGUACUUUCUUUACGAGCACUCACCCGCAGCGAACCUGACGCAGUCCUCACUGGACUAUUGGAUUGAUCACUUAGAUCACUGCAUCGAGGUCCUCCGUAUCUCACUCAUGUGUACGGCAGAUACGAGUCUUUAUACCUUCACCUGGCCAGACGACCCAGACGCCGUGUUCUUGGACGCGCAAUCUAAAUCACCGCGGAAAUGCGUGGGCUGGGCACAGGUGGAGAUAUGGGGCAUGAAGAGGAAAAUCUCGCUAUCGCCAGUGCUCCUUAAGACAGUGCCGGAUGAUGAUGGCGGUGGUAUUUAGUUUUAUUCAUUCCAAAUGCGAUCCCCAUUUCAAGGCUAGACCCAAUCUCCUUGUGCAUGACGGACGCCUAACUACGACCCGGCCUUGCUCCGUAAUGAGCACCAAAUGCCCGUCAACGAAA